GAGCGGGAAGAGGGAGUGAGUGACAGCGGCGACCUUCGAAGUUCUCCUCCGUUGCCCCGCCUCCCUCCCUCAUUCACUGUGGCGGGACGGUGAAACGGAGUCCCGGAGGCUGGUGGAUGAGAGGAGAGGCUGGGAAAGGGGGAGAGGCUGGAGGACGAGGACGAAGAGGAAGGAGACAUCCCGCUCGCCUCUCCCUUCUGCCGCUUCUUCAGUGUGGCGGGUGGGAAGAAUUCAUUUUCUGCCUCCGCGCGGGCAGGACGUGCAGCCUGACGCGUCUCCCUGGGUGGCGGGACAUGGAUAUGAAGAGAGUUGCGGUUAAGAGAAUUCUGGACUGACAAGGUUGACAGCAACAAAGAACCUUGGCUAUCAAAUUCCUGACAUUGUUCUUGAAGAGUGAGAUAGAAAUAUGAUUCUAUUAAUUUGUUUCCAGUCAAAAAACUCAGUGAUGUGUUUUGCUAAUGGGUGUGAGUAAACUAGAUGUCUUAUACAGGCGCCUACUUCUCACUAAGCUUUUUAUUCAAGGAUGGGGAAGACCAGAAGACUUGAAAAGAAUAUUUGCAUUCAGAAAGAUUAUAGGAAACAGAGAAAAAUGUCAAAAUCUGGUUUCAAGAGACUAUCCAGUGCACAUCAACAAGGUUGAAGAGCAGUCAGACUGUAAGAUCCUUGAUGGGCAGUUCAUUUCCCCCUUGGCUCAUUAUGUUCCAGAUAUCAUGCCACCAGAAUCCAUCACAGCAAGGUUUCAGUUUUUAGUACCCAAACUAUGGAACAGCAAAUACAGACCAGUGUGCAUUCAUUUAGCAGGCACUGGCGACCAUUACUUUUGGAGACGACGCACGUUAAUGGCCCGUCCAAUGAUCAAAGAGGCCUGCAUGGCUUCACUGUUGUUAGAAAACCCUUAUUAUGGAUGCAGAAAACCCAAGGAUCAGUUAAGAUCAUGUCUGAAAAAUGUCUCUGACCUGUUUGUCAUGGGAGGAGCUCUUGUGCUAGAAUCAGCUGUUCUUCUGCACUGGUUAGAAAGAGAAGGCUAUGGACCUCUUGGGAUGACAGGAAUAUCCAUGGGAGGACAUAUGGCAUCAUUAGCAGUGUCAAACUGGCCUAAACCGUUGCCACUAGUUCCUUGUCUCUCCUGGUCUACAGCCUCUGGUGUUUUUACUACGGGUGUACUGAGCAAGGCAGUGAACUGGAGACAGCUUGAGAAACAGUAUUAUUCAGAGAGUGUUUAUGAAGAAGAGAUCAUUCAAAUGCUUGAAUAUUGUGGAACAGAUUCAUUCAAGAUGGGACAAGACUUUGUUAAAAAUUCUCCUGGCAGUGUGGACAGUUUAAGCAAUCUGGAUCUGCAUUCCGGUAUGCUGAACCUGGAAACCAGAAGCAAAGCUCUAUCUUCGGAAGCUGGUCACUGCAUUAGCGGUAGCAGAACUCCUCUAAGUGCCUCAGCGGAAGGACUGUUAGUGCAAGAGGCGUCAAAAAUGCAGUGCAUAAACCAGACGUUUUCAACCAGCAGCAGUAGCAAUAAGGAUUUUACCAGUAAUCAGAAGCAUCUGAUAAGUGGAAAAAGGGACAGUUUACAAAGAGAAUCUUUAAGAUUCAUGAAAGGGGUGAUGGACGAAUGUACUCAUGUAGCUAAUUUUUCAGUUCCAGUUGAUCCAACACUGAUCAUAGUAGUUCAAGCCAAGGAGGAUGCUUAUAUUCCAAGAACUGGUGUACGUAGCCUUCAAGAAAUAUGGCCCGGAUGUGAAAUAAGAUACUUGGAAGGAGGUCAUGUUAGUGCAUACCUCUUCAAACAAGGAUUGUUCAGACAAGCUAUAUAUGAUGCCUUUGAACGUUUUCUCCAGAAAUACGCUGUAUAGCUCUGUCCUUUGGAGCCGCUCUAUAUAGACUUGUUCUGAGCUCUUUUUUACAUGGAUCCUCAUGUUGACUUCAUGUGGAGAACAAGUCAGACAUAAGUUCAGUUAAGUCACCAACUGGACGGUAAACUGAACUUGGCGUUAUAUCAGAAUGAAAUCAACCAAUUUCAAACUUGCACCAGUCAUGCCAAUGACAAUUUUAGCACAAUUUCUUAAUACAGGUAAUGUCUGUCUAAAGAAUAAGCUGAUUUUUAAGACUAUUGUUAUUUCAAGAGUACACUUAUCCUUUGAAGAGAGACCAACGCAGGCUGCUUAAAUUUGGUUUAUAUAAAUUUUAGCAUAAGUUUCACACCCCAGGUUGUCACUAGGACUAGGAAUUCAAAAAUUCCUUCAGGGAGACCAACUAGACUCUCAAUAAUGAGCUCAACUUGAAAAGUUUAUUCAUAAUAAAAAUUAUUAAGAUGGCCUAUUCAGACUCUGGGGAGUAGGCAGCUACAUACCCCCACAAUCUUCUGUAUUCCCUGGCCCUAUUUCAACUUCAGUUGGAAGAACAAAGUUUGCACAUUACUUUCCUGCACCUCAUAAUUGGUUCUUUAAAACUAUUUGUCCACCUUUAAUCAUUUAAAGUAGCAUGCUAUGUGUGCUCUUAUUUUAAAAUGGAGGGAGGAGGUGCAUACUUCUGUUGAGGAAUCAUAAAAUGUUAAUUGACUGAAUUGUUACACCUGAAAUGAAAAUAAAGUGUGAAUCCUUCUGUAUAUGUUGCAUGUUUAAUGUUGGUUUUCUUACAAACUAUUUUGCAUCAUGUUGCAGUAAAGAGGGAUUAACUUCAUUUGGAUCCAACCCAAUAUGGUAGUUAAUUCCUCUUUAGUUCCAUUGAAAUCAAUGGGACAAGUUAAUCAAGACUAAGUUGACUCUCAAUAUUUUUAAUGGAAUGAAAGUGACCAUCUUCAUUUGGAUCCAAUCCUUAUUAUCCCCAGCAUUCCCCAUGCUGUCUCCCACAUAGUUCCAGAAGGUCCCCCAACACUCCAGAACAGCCUUCAAUGGGGCUGCUGUGUUUCAGGGAGCAGGACUUGGUGAAAAUAAAUUCCCCCAUUAUUCAGUGGUUGCAUCCUGUGACUUGAGCUAGCCUCACAGAAGCUCUUCAUCUUACCCAUUGUAUUUUCUUUCAUAUUAUAUGGAAGUUAAUAUGUGCUGUUGAAUUUGAUAAAAUAUUAUUGUGGCUGAAUCCAGUAAAGUUAUAACUUCUGCUCACACAACACAAUCUCUUUCCCUCCAUCCCAAAUCUGCUAGAGGGUUGGGGGGAAGCUCAGAGGAGAUUGGGGCUCUGUUGUGUGAGUGGAAGUUGUUAAACCCAUGUAGUGACUUAGUUGGAUACAACUCUCGAAAUGUAACUGGAUUCUGCUGAAUAAUUAAAGUUGAAGUCAGCCCACUUAUCUAGGAAUAGGUCCCAUUGAAUUUGGACAUGUUUAGUACACCUGCAUAAGACUGUACGUACUAGAAUAAUUUUUGAAGAGCAAAGUCUGAUGAAGAGGAAGUUUAUUAAAAGUACCAAAGCCUAAGUAAAAAGAAAACUUGACCGAACUUCCUAAUCGUAGUGAACAGCACUUUACGCUGAAGCAGCAGCUUUAAGUGGAUUCCAGAUACUGCUGAAGUCUUGUUCAAAGUAAUUUCCCGGAGAACUAAAGUAUUAAAACUCCUUUGAUGAUAAGUUAUGGAUAACUGCAGACCCUCCAAGUGUCCCUAUUUUCCAGGGAUAGCCCUGGAUUUACAGAAGCCAUCCCGGUUUCAGAUUUGAUCCCAAAAUGUCUCAUUUUCCCCUAGGAUAGCCCUAUUUUCAUCUGAGAAAUGUUGGAGGGUAUGUAACUGGCACAAUAUUUAAAAUUAAGUAUUUAUGGCCCACAUGAAUCGGCUCUAUGUCUCUUUUUGGAGUGUUCCGGUUCCAGGUUUCUGGAACACCAGAAUUUGCAAAAACGGAUUGGCUUGAAAUAGCUGGACGUUUGAAUAUGGAAUCUGCCACAAUAUUAUGCAUCUACUAGAAUUUUAUACCGCAAAAUCUGCUGUAGCAGGAGCAGUAACAUGCUUGAGUGUCCAAUUUAGUGAUUAAGGGGGUGGUAUUCAUUGCUAGUGCUACUCAGUGUAGACACACUGAAGUUAAUGGACAUGGUGGGUUCCUUGUAAAGCACUUUGAGGUCUUUUUCAACAAUCCAAGUGGUAUAUAAAUUUUGCUAAAUAUUGUCAAAUUUGUCUAAAUAUCACUAUUCUAAGACUACUGUUUAUGUGAAUUAGUGUGUCAUAAUCAUAUGCUUUCAACAGUAUUUUAUAGAAUUAAUUAAUCUUGCAUUUAAAGUGCAUUCUGUAUUUCAAAGACCAGCAAAAUUAUUGGUAACAAAGUCUUUGAUAACAAAGUUUUGUGGCCUUACUAUAUUCAAAUGUCUCUAAUACUCUUGCCUAACACAUUUCAUUUAAAAGAAUUUACUAAUGGUAUUCUAAUCAAAAAGGAAAAUCAUAGUUAAAUGAAAGUAAGUUUCAGAAUUCUGUAUACUUUUCUAAACUGCAUUUUAUAUUUUUCAAUAAAACCUUGCAAAAACA